AUGCCGUCUCCUAGUUCCUCCGACGGCAGGAACCGCUCGCAUCUAUCCAUAACACUCCCAAGAUGCAUCUCCCGCGCCCGGGACCAUAGAAACAGCUUUGACGAGCUGUACGCCGUCGGACUAGCGUUGAAUGGCGACGAGGACGGAAUUGCCUACGUUCCCGACGGACCGAGGUCGUCGACGAAUUUGGCAACGUUUUGCUCGUCGAGCGAAGGCAAGACGGCGUCCGUGAACAUCCAUGGCACAGCAUUCGGACCAUUGUCGCAGCUUGAAGUGAAUAUUUCUUCUCGUCAUCACUCCAGGUACCACGCUCGACACCUGACGUACGAGGGAGACGAUGUGACGAGGAUCAGCACUACCGCGAACGCUUGCGUCGAAGACUUUGCACCGACGAUCGACUCGCCGAUCAGCCCUGGGACCCUCCUCCCACCUUUAUUCGACGACAAGGAAGAAACCACCGUCCCUUCGGGUUCAGGUGUCACCUUGUUCGGGUCUUGGAACGGUUUCGACGCCGAUGUUCUUGCACCUACUGGAGUUGCUCCUCGUGUGACGCUGCCCGUGUCCGCAGCGCCGCCGAUCUUUGACUAUGACGACGAUCGUCAUCGAAGUGAGACCGGGCGAGCCGGGGCUCGCUUGCCUUCGUGUGAGAUCAAUGGGCUUAUAACGUAAGUCUACGAAUGAAGGAGCACUAUACGGACUGAAGGGUACGAGCUGAGCCCGAUAUCGCCCUGCUCGUGUGGCUCGUGUGUCCUCAGUGUGGAACCUCCGAGCCUGCCUCCUAUCUCGAUGACUACCGAUUUAGCUCCUGGCGCACCAUUCCUCCUCAGCUCUUCACCACGACAUACUCCAUCUCCUACCGAAGUAUUUACAUCCCCAUCAUCUAGCCACAUUACCCGCUUAUCUCGCGAUCGAGCCAAUUCGACGAUCUCAGCUGUCACUUCGCUCGAAUCGGCACUUCCUUCAGGAGCGCGCAGCAAGGCCUCUGUUGCUAUGCGUAGGUGUUCGACUACGCCGCUCAGGUCGAAGCGAAGCAAUUCAGACGAAUUGAAGAAGGCACCCAGAGGUGCUUUCUCUAAUGCUUUACUCGAUUCGUUCCACCACCUCGACCGUCGAGGCUCGCUGCCCCGCGUCUCCGCAUCAACUCCUCCCGAAGCCUCGACCCUUGGAUCCAGCUUGGAAGCAGAUACUUCGCUCGAUCCUACGCAACGAGGCCGUUCCAACUCAGUCAUCAGUCUCGCAAAUCUCUCCACCGUCUUCGACUACGUCGGCCGAUCCUUCACCCGUUCGCUCUCCCCCAAAGCUCAUCAUCCUUCGACGACCCCGGAACGCCACCGCCCUUCAACCCGUCAAAGAACCUGGAGUUUCUCCGGUGCCGCCUCUUCAAUCCUCGGUGGUCCCUCCAGUUCGAUGGCUCCCACGCAUUAUCGCUGGGAAGAUGUCGUUUCGCUGAGCGCGAGAUUUUGUACGUCCUCCGAUUCUACGAGUGGACUUAACUCGUUCAUGUUGGGUUUGCACGAUAUGGAACAUGGUGGGAAGGCAAGGAGUUGGGAUCCGCGAGUGGCUUGCUCAGCCGAGUCGGUCCGUACGAGCCCUUCGAUUUCGUCUUUCUCCAACAUCGAGCAAAACGGGGACCUUGAUUUGACCUUCACGGAUCGCUGGCCGAGGGCCGAGACAUCAUGGGGUGAACCGGCCCAAGUAGUCGUAGGCUACGUCGGGGGCUCGCAAAGUAUGUUCUCGCCUCGCGAGUUGACACCACCUCAAGUGAGCAAUCACCAUAUCCCCACACGGCCGAAAUUCAUUCACUCAAUUUGAAAACGUUCUUCAUCCUUCGUAUCAGAUCGUCGACAAGAUCCUCAACCCUCCUUCCGUAACUUUCCCCAUGAGCUCCCCUCGCUCCAAGAUCUGA